AUGACGGCUGCUCCGUACAACUACUCUUAUAUCUUCAAAUACAUCAUCAUCGGUGACAUGGGCGUUGGAAAGUCUUGUCUUUUACAUCAGUUUACGGAAAAGAAAUUUAUGGCCGACUGCCCGCACACAAUUGGCGUAGAAUUCGGAACCCGGAUUAUUGAGGUCAGCGGACAGAAAAUCAAGCUUCAAAUCUGGGACACCGCUGGUCAAGAGAGAUUCCGAGCAGUCACCCGUUCCUACUACCGUGGAGCCGCCGGAGCACUGAUGGUGUACGAUAUGACACGCCGUUCGACGUACAAUCAUUUGAGCAGCUGGUUGGCUGAUGCCAAGAGUCUGACGAACCCGAAUACGGCAAUCUUCCUCAUCGGGAACAAAGCGGAUCUUGAAGACCAGCGUGAUGUGCCAUAUGAGGAGGCUAAGGCGUUUGCCGAGGAGAAUGGGCUCACUUUCCUUGAGUGCAGUGCUAAGACUGGCAGCAACGUCGAGGACGCCUUCCUGGAGACUGCCAAGCAAAUUUACCAAAACAUCCAGGAUGGAAGUUUGGAUUUGAAUGCCGCUGACACCGGAGUGCAGCCAAAACAAAACUUGCCACGUGCCGCUGAAAACAAUGGAAAGAAGGAUUGCAACUGCUAG